AUGCACAACACAUCGACACAACCUGAUGUAGCGCAGGUCUCGCAGGCCGUGGACGCCCUGGCGAAAUCGAUUCUUGCACAGCGCGUACAGGCCCAUAGAGACAAGCCGGAGCGUCUGCGGAAGCUCGAAUCGCUCAAACAGCAGUUUGAUGCCCUUCUCCAAGCGCAGAGCGAGGUCACGAAAAGCACAGAUGCGUCCUUGCGGUUGGAUGCGAUGCAGCUGGAUCUGGAACUGCAGAAAGGACUUGAGACUGUGGAGCGCCAAGGAGUCCAGUACGUGCUUUUGCCGCUGGUCCCUGGCACGGGUGUCGUGCCAACGUCCGCAUCCUUGCCCGCUCCUGCUCCUGCAACACCGUCGAAGACCUCCAAGAAAAAGAAGAAAAACAAGGUACUGUGCUCUUAUUGCCAGAUGCAAGGCCAUACCAGGGCCCAUUGUGAGAAAAGGCUCCUCUCUCCGCAACCUUGA